AUGUGCGCUCCUCUCUGGGUCUGGCUCUUUGGACAAAAGGAGCACAGUCUCCGGAAGCUCUACAGAGAGCUCCGUCACAUGCUGCCUGGUUAUAUCUCAAACCAGCGUGCCGAUAUUGACCUCCACCCGAUGGAUUUCUGGACAGGGGACACCGAUCCUUCCCUUGUCCAAUUCUUCACACCCGACACAGACACCAACUUCAAAAUCGCCAACACUGCACUCGACCCCGAGGACCCCGUGGAUGACCCCUUCACGUGGGUUCGGGUGAUGAAGCACACUCAAGACUUCAUCCCCCAAGAGAUGCACCAUCAACUCCAUCAGGCAUUUUUGAAUAUGUAUGGAGAAGACCAUAGUCUCUUCAACAGCAACGACCGGCACGGCUUCACCAUUCAAAUGGGAGCCGUAAGCGCCGAUGCAAAGUCCGCUCACCAGCUCGUCGUCAUGAAGAGCAACAACUGCUACCAUGACACCCACCCGUCAGUUGGAGAGCUCGUAGCACUUGUUCGAUGGAUGCUUAGUGGAAUCAAAAGUCACAAGCACCAGGUCGGCAGGUACCACCGACAUGAGCGUCCCCAACUUGACUUCCCGACAAUGGUCAUUUCCUUCCUCCCUGAUGCUCGAGUUCGAGUUUUGCAUGGGUAUUUCGACAGCGGCCGACUCAAAGUGGCCUAUACCCAGGCACUCAACUUCGAUGCGGAGGACUACGCUGACAAGAUGGAUGUCCUACUUCAAUGGGCGUGGCCCCUCAUUAAUGGGGACACCACCAAGCCCAUCCCCCUUCCCACGAUCGAGGAUGAUGAAGAAGACGAGUGGGACGAGUGGGAGAAGUGGGAGCUCCGAUAUAGGGAGGACAGCGAAGACGAGUUUCUGGGGGGUGAAUUAGAGGGGGGUGAAUUAGAGGGGGGUGAAUCAGAUGAGGGUGACAGCACUGAGGUAGAACAAGACCUCAGUGACUGUGAGUCGGAAUCCGAAGAGGAUGAGAGCCCCAUCAGGGGGAGGGACGAUGAAUAG